AUGAAUGUAAUCACAGAGAAGGCUAGUUUCAAUGUUAAGAUCAUUACACUUCAGUACUCAGCAAUUUAUAAAAAUAUCGAGGCAACAAUGCUUCUAGUGGACAAAAUGCUUGAACCUUACUCUGAAAGCGAUAACAUAGAUAUCGUCAUGCUCCCAGAACUGUCAUUUUCAGGUUGUCUAUUCUAUAGCUCAGAGGAAAGUUAGAAAUAUGGUGAAAUCAAAGGGAAGGGAUUGAUUUAUUAAUGGUGCGCUAAAUAAGCAUAAAGAUUGAAAAGUUUGAUUAUUAUUGGAUAUAUAGAGAAUGAAGACAAAAACUGUUACAAUUCUAUGUUGAUUGUUGAUGAAAAUGGGUGUAUAAUCAAAAAUUAUAGAAAAAAUUAGCAAUUUUAUAGCGAACUUAAAUGGGCCUUAUCUGGUAAAUGUUUUGAAUACGUGGAUGCUUUUCUUCACCGACAUUAGAGAUCGUUUAGAUUUGGACUUGGAAUAUGCCAAGACAUUUGGUUUUAGUAUGGAAAUUAGUAUAUAGACAUGAGAUGGGCUCAAUUCUGUGAAGAUAACGAUGUAGACUCGAUAUUAUUCAUGACAAAUUGGCCUGAUUGGGAAGUUUUCAAGAGUGAGGAGGUAAUUACUCAAACUGCUCUUACCGUUUGGCUGAAUAGAAUGAUUCCAAUCACUGCAAGCUAGAAAAAAGAUAAAAACGUAUAUCUAGUCAUUGCAAGUCGUACGGGAGUAGAGUGUGGUUAUGGGUAUGUGGGCAGUUCAGCAUAUUUUUAGCUUAAACCUAAUAUUUCAAUAGAAGGUCACUUAGAAUUUGACGAGCAAGCAGUACAAGAGUGCAUUUUAAAAUUAUGA